CAGAACUCGAGUUUGGUCCUAAAGCUAUAUACGCAACCCUUGUCCCUACUGCGCUUCUUCCCUUACCAUUGUGAAUAUUGAGCCGCGCCAUGGAAGCAGUUUCACUGGUUAUUGCGCUACUUAUCCUCGGCGCACUUUCUACAUACCGCAAUGGCAGACAGCGCCGUCUACCUCCAGGUCCAAGGGGCCUACCAAUCGUUGGGAAUGCUUGGAACAUGCCUAAAGAGUUCGAAUGGCACACCUAUGAAAAGUGGAGUCGCGAUCUUGACUCGGACGUUAUUCACCUAAGCGUCUUUGGCACAAGCAUCGUUGUCCUCAACUCCGCAAAAGCCACAAAUGACUUGCUCGAUAAGCGAUCCACCCUUUACUCCGACAGAGCGCAUAUGGUCAUGUUGCUCGAGCUGUAAAUAGUUGGCUGGGAGCGAGCCAUAGGGUUCCUUCGCUGUGGAGACGAAUGGCGGGAGCACCGCAGGCUGUUUCAUCAACACUUCCGCUCUACUGCCAUCACGGAAUACCAUCCUAAGAUGUCGAAAGAGGCCAAGAAGCUACUCAGAAUUCUCGUCGACAAGCCCGGCGAUUUCAUGAAGCACGUUCGAACCAUGGCUGGAUCUAUCAUCCUGGGCAUAACUUUUGGCAUAGAGUUUCAGCCUGAGAACGACCCGUACGUGCUUCUCGCUGAAAAAGCACUUCAUUCGAUGGCGGCUGUAGGUAAUGCCGGAGCCUACAUGGUUGAUUUCUUACCAUGGUUAAAGCACCUGCCGUCCUGGAUUCCCGGAGCUGAGCUUAAGCGCGAGGCUGCUGAGUGGAAUCAGUCUGUCACAGCCAUGUACGAGAAGCCGUUUGCGUUUGCGAAGCAGGCGAUGUCAGAAGGAAAUGCUCCGCCUUCAAUCCUUGCAUCAGAGCUCGCCAAACUAGAUACUCUCGAAGACAGCUCUCGCAGAGAAGACGUUGUUCGCAAUGUCGCUGGUACCACCUACGUCGGUGGCGCGGAUACAAUGGUUUCCACUCUGGGAAGUUUCGUUCUAGCCAUGCUGCUCUACCCGGAUGUCCAACGUGCGGCCCAAGAGGAGGUCGAUCGCGUCAUCGGCAAUGGACGACUUCCUGAUUACGGCGACAAAGACACGCUUCCAUAUAUUACAGCUAUGCUAAUCGAGACUUUGAGAUGGAGACCUGUUAGCCCUCUCGCGGGUCCACACAGGCUCACGGCUGAUGAUGAAUACAACGGGUAUGACCUUCCUGCGGGCUCGAUAGUCAUAGGCAAUUCUUGGGCUAUCCUUCACAGCGAGACCCGCUACCCAAAUCCCGACGCCUUUGACCCAACGCGCCACCUCACCUCGGAUGGGAAGCUUGACAAGGAUGCCUUCGGCCCUAUCGAAGUGGCCUUUGGAUACGGCAGGAGGAUCUGCCCUGGACGCCAUUUCGCCAUGGACUCCUUGUGGAUCGCUAUAGCGUACCUUGUGACGACUGUGGACAUCAGGAAGGCCGUGAACGAAAACGGCUAUGUCAUAGAGCCCAGUGGGGCUUAUACCCCGGGUCUGGUCAGCUAUCCUGUUCCUUUCGAAGCUUCGUUCGAGCCACGGUCGGCGGCUGCGGCGACACUCAUUCGGUCGAGCAGUUCUGAGUGACUUGUUAGGACACUGCAGUUUUUGCACAAUGGUUCUUCAAAAUUCGAGACGUUCUCGGGCAGGAUAUAAGGUAAUCCGAGGGCACAGGUGCGUGGGUUUCCCAGGAGAAGCGUCGAGCUUAGACCUGCCGUACUUUAGCAUUCCGGCCCUGUUCUAUAUGGCCUGUGACUCAUCACCUGAACUUAGCCCAUGUCUGUUUCUGGGCACGGCUCGUCGUUUUGGUGUCACAAUCAUUCGCCUUCUCCUCGUCAUAUAGAUAGCUGAUGCCGAUAAGAAUUAAGGAUCAAGGAGGUGUAUUACAUAAGAGUCCUCCGUUGACUUAUAGUCUUUUAAAUCGAUAUCUCCUCAAUUCCUACACCCUAACAACAUGAUCAGCAUCACACUCACAUUUUUUGUCUCGUUCGUUGCGUUAUUCGCCUAUCUUAAACGAAGACGUCACCUCUUGCCUCCUGGACCAUCAGGCUUACCUAUCAUCGGGAAUGUGUGGGAUAUUCCCAAGAGCUUCGAAUGGCUUGCUUACGACAAGUGGAAUCGAGAGUCUGACUCGGACAUUAUCCACCUACGCAUCUUUGGCGCCUCUAUCAUUGUCAUUAACUCAGCCAAAGCGGCAAAUGAACUCCUCAAUAAACGAUCGACCCUCUAUUCCGAUAGGGAGGAUAUGGUUAUGCUGCUAGAUCUUGUCGGCUGGCGACGACAUCUUGCAUUUAUGCGCUAUGGUGACACAUGGCGAUGCCAUAGACGGCUCUUCCACCAGUACUUCCAUCCUGCCGCGGUGCAUGCGUACCGUUCUAAAUCGGCGGAGGAGGUCAAAAAGCUUCUGCCGCGUUUACUGUCUGAACCGGACGAUUUCAUGAAACAUAUACGAACCAUGACUGGGUCUAUCAUACUGGGUAUUACGUUCGGCAUGGAGCUCCUGCCCGAAAACGAUCCGUAUGUCACACUAGCUGAAAAAGCGCUUCACGCGAUGGCGGAAGUGGGUAAUGUGGGAUCGUACAUGGUCGACUACUUACCGUGGUUGCAGUAUCUGCCGCCAUGGGUACCUGGUGCCGGAUUCAAGCGGCAAGCUGCAGAAUGGAACAAGACGGUGGUCGCGAUGUAUGAGAAGCCAUUUCAGUCUGUAAAACAGGCAAUGGCUCUGGGGAAAGCACCUCCUUCUAUCAUCACAACAAUGCUUGAAAAACUAAAUCCUGAAGAAGAGAAUGCUGGUCGCGAAAGCAUGAUCCGUAAUGUCACAGUAACGGCUUAUGCAGCUGGUGCAGAUACGACUGUAUCUUCUCUUGGGACCUUCAUACUUGCAAUGCUCCUGUAUCCCGAUGUUCAGCGGCGGGCGCAAGAGGAAGUCGAACAGGUUGUGGAAACUGGUCGCUUCCCUGGAUACGAGGACAAGGAAUCACUUCCGUAUGUUGUUGCGGUGAUGAAGGAGACGUUAAGAUGGCACCCUGUCGCUCCUCUUGGAGUUCCGCACAAGCUGAGAGCAGACGAUGAAUAUAACGGAUAUUACCUCCCGGCAGGUUCAAUUGUUGUCGGCAACUCCUGGGCUAUCCUCCACGACGAGAAAACAUACCCGAAUCCGAAGAAGUUUGAUCCCACGCGCUUCCUGACUCCUGCAGGAGAACUCGCAAAGGGCGCGCCAGACGUCGAAGCAGCAUUUGGCUUUGGUCGUAGAAUCUGUCCCGGGAGAUACUUCGCCAUGGAGUCCAUGUGGAUCGCGAUGGCAUGUGUGUUGGCCACAUUGAACGUUGAGAAAGCUGUGGACGAGGCAGGGAACGUGAUUGAGCCCAGUGGUGAAUAUACCUCGGGUCUAAUCAGCUACCCUGUAUUUUUCAAGGCAUCGUUCAAGCCUCGAUCUGCCGCGGCUUUGGCCCUGAUCCAAUCGAGCACUUCGCUAGAACAAGAAUAGCUUUGUAUAGCAUGGACGCUUUCAUAACCUGGGUCUGUGUCAGGAUGGUUGCCAAGAAGGUCAUACUCGAAGCAAAAAUAUGAUAAUUCACAGAAAUUGCACGAUUCUUGCUUCCAACCCAUGGGGAAAUGUGACGGAUUGCAUCUCAGGGACAUAGCAUAUGCUAGAUCGACGUGGAAAUUUUUCUCUUCGAGCUUAAUCCGCCGCUCUUUCUGGCUAGGGCACAUGAUUUGGCGAGAAGUAUAUUCAUGGUCUUCCUUCCUCCUUAUCGGACUGAAUGGCCGAUAACGAUACAUAAAAGGACCUAGGUCCCAGAUAUCCAAACAGCAUAAGAACCCAAAUUCACCUUAGUUCAACCUUCUAGCUGUCUCCUCCUCCUGAACGACUUGAGGAAGCGUUUU